AUGGAGCCAACCCAGCGGUUAUACUUUGCGGCGGGGGAUGACGCACUGGAUCUCGAAGAGAGGGAGAGAUAUCGACCUGGUGGAUAUCAUCCAAUCCAUUUCAAUGACUACCUUGAUCCAGAUAAUCGGUUUAAAGUUGUCCACAAACUUGGAUGGGGUGUCAGUUCUACGGUGUGGCUCUGUUACGACGAGAGAUGUAGAGAUUACAUGUCAAUAAAAGUUAUGACUGCGGCAGAAUCGGUCGAAGAAUGCCCGGAACUUCGAAUAUUGAAGGUUCUGGCCGACGUUAGCGACAAGGAACUUAGAGAGAACCACAUCAACAUACCUCGAGAAUACUUUUGGAUCAAUGGUCCAAACGGGCGUCAUCUCUGCUUUGUUUCAGAUCUUCUUGGGCCUAAUUUAUAUAUGAAUCACCCCGAUGGUAUGGGCAUCUAUACUCCAGAAUUAUUGACAGAUUUGACCUUUCAAGUAAGCAAGGGACUGCAAUAUCUUCAUCGAAAGGGGAUUUGCCAUGGAGACCUGAGACCGAGUAACAUACUGAUGCAGCUGGAUAUGUACGAUUUGAUGGAAUUGACUAGUCGUCAAUUCAGCAAGUAUCUUGGGCCACGGCAAUAUGUACCCCUAGAAACUCUUUCGGGUGAGGAUCCGAAGCCUCACGGACCUAAUUAUCUAGUAUUCCCUAUUUCGUUAGACAUGAUACAGAAGAAAUGCCCCACAGGGAGAGUGGUGAUUGUCGAUUUUAAUGACAGUUUCUACUCAUCGGAACCUCCAGCAUUCCCUAAGUGGAACAGGCAAUAUGCCGCACCGGAGCUCCUAUUUACGAAAGCUGUAAGCGGACCCCCACAGGAUAUCUGGGCACUCGCUUGCACGAUAUACGAAAUCAAGCUUCGAAUGCCAUUAUUCAGCGAGUAUCAAAAUUACACUUCAUUGAUACACCAGAUGGAAGAAUGGUUUGGUCCCUUACCAGCGGAGUAUCGGCAGCUGGCAACUACAUAUCUUGAGAGAGAUAAAAAACGUGGUCUUACAUUAAAAACUAAAAAAGAGAACUCAAAUCCUGAGCCGUCGAUGCCUGCAGAGAUAAUUCCUAACAAAUACCAUCCACUUUCGUUUUCCAUGGAAGAGUUGCAAAAAAAGCGGGAAAUGUUUAUAGGAGAAUCUAAUUGGUCAAAUCCUCUACAAGCAUCGCUGGGCAGAGAACGAGAAUGCUCCGUCUACGAGAGGAAUAAUGAAGCAUAUACUUCAUCGGAUGAUACUGGUUCCGAUACUGAUAGUCUAGAAAGUGGAAACCAAGAUUGGACUUCGGAAGACGAAGGUUCUCAAGGAAAUAUACACGCUCAGGCCGAUCUCAUUUUUGACGGAAUUGAAGAAGAUAACUCGGUCUCAGGAGACUUAGAUGAAAAUACCAAGGGAAAUUCGAACUCUCCCUCGUUGCACAUAGCCAACACAUCUGAGAAUCGACUAGGACAAUUCCAUGAAGGGGAGUCUGUCGUUACGCCAACAAGGCCGACCGAAGGUAGUGUGACCCCUCCUGAACAUAAGCCAAGCGGUAGCGAAACGGAAUCGGCUACAAGUGAGAUGAUUCUUCGAGAGCUGUUAGCCAAACGAGAUGCAGAUGAAUCUUCCGAAGAUAGAGACACGAAGCGGCAACGCAUGAGUGAAGACCCACCUAAAAAGGGGGGAGAAUGGAUAAAGCGGGUAGUUAGUAUGCCUAGAGAAGACGUUCUUCUAUUAUCAGAUCUCUUAUCCCGCAUGUUUAAGCAUGAUCCAAAGGAGCGAAUUGACAUUGAUGCUGUCAUAAAUCACGACUUCUGGGGAGAUAGGAGAUACAACUGGCCUAGAGACCAGAACAGCCUUAUCGAAGACGUUCCGGAUCCUAUAUCAUCGAGGACGCGUAGUCAUACUUCAGGAAUUGAAAAGCAAACAAGACAAGAGGCAGAGCCUUCUCAUGAAGUUGGGUUAGACGAGCUGAUGGAAGGCGAACCAAUACACGGUUCUCAAUGUUAGCAUUCUUCAUAAAACUUUCCUAUAGGCGCCAGCCUUACAGUUCCAACGGAAUUUCUAUACUUGGAUACGGGAUCAUCUUGUUAGUGUCAAAGGUCGGCUUAGUGAAAAGGAGGCUUAGCACUUGCAGAAAUUCAGGCUUACACCAUACGUAUUCCACAAGACGAAUAACAUAGAAAUACAUAAGAAAUAGUAUUUGAUUAAAAAAAUGAGACCAAGUUGGAAUGUAGACUCAAGGUUUGUGUAAUAGUUGAUAGGAAUUUGUCUCGUGACCUUGGCGACCUAGACUCUGGUAAGUUGAUAUCCUGAUGAUAAAGAUGAAGUUAUUUUGAAACUUGUUAAGGGUAAAGCAAGACGUUGGAAUAUAACUGGGGAAUCUGUUAGGUUAAAUUACGGCGCAAGCCAUGUU